AUGAAGCAUGUUUCUAAUACGAGUUUAGAAUUAAAGAAAGGUGCAUGGACUGCCCAAGAAGAUAUGCUUCUCAAAAACUGUAUCAAAAAAUACGGUGAAGGAAAAUGGCAUCUUGUUCCUCUCAAAGCAGGUUUAAGAAGAUGCAGAAAUAGUUGUAGGUUGCGAUGGUUGAAUUACCUGAGGCCAAAUAUAAAGAGAGGGGGUUUUGAAGAAGACGAAGUCGAUCUCAUGCUUAGACUUCACAAGCUUCUAGGCAAUAGAUGGUCGUUGAUUGCUGGAAGAAUACCCGGAAGAACAGCGAAUGAUGUGAAGAACUACUGGAACACCCACCUACGCUCUCGUGCCAAACAACAAAAGAAGGAACCUCAAGAUGCUAAAUCAUCAGAAGAUCACAUGAUGGUCACAGUUAUCAAGCCUCAACCACAUACAUUAUCCAAACCCCUAAGUUGGUUCAAGGGUGACAACAAGAACGCGGAAACUCAUGACGAUGGAAACAUAAUAAGAUUAUCAAAUGAUGGUGUGGGAAACAAGUAUAAUAUGUCCUCUGAGUUAAUCUCUUCACCAGUAGUAUUAGACGACACCAUUAACGAGUUUUUGAAGGAGUUAUUUGAUGAAGAGGAAAAAGCAAUUGACAGUGAAAUUGGGUGGUCAUUUGAUGGUUCUCAAAUUGAGAAGAAGGCUUUAAAUGUUACUGAGGACAAUGAAAACAGUUUGUUUGAUUUCUCUAGCGAUGAGUUCAUGUGGAACUUAUUAAAUUCAUAG